UGUUGAAAAACUGUCCCACAACAAACUGAAGAGGAGAUGUUGAUGCUGUUCACCUUUGUCAAUUUUUGAGCUGUUGUGGCAAAGUUAUAGACAACCCGACGAGCUUUUCUUAUACAACUAACAGUGGCUUCGUAACGUGUAACGUAAGUGCUAUUUCUACAUUUAGCUAGCUUAGCAUUAAAUCACAUUUUAGCUCGGUUAACGUUAAGCAAGUUGUCUGAACAGAUGUCGUUCGUGAGAGGUGGACGUCCACAACAACACAACAAAGGUAAAAGGCCUGUUCGACCCAGGAAAGCAGCAGCAGCUCCCAAAAAAGAUUGGGUGAGCACCGUCAAUGACCUGUCUGUGCACAAGCUGUCGCCUGCAGAGCUGAGCCAUCGGCAUGAGAUUCACAAGUCCCACAACAAGGCAGCGGCUCAGUGGGAGCAGAGAGAAAAAGCCCUACAGCGCCGGUUCAGACCCACUGGGAGCCCUGCAGCUCUAGACCGCGCCAGCCUCAGCAUCAUCAGGGAGGUGUUCUCUGACAAGCUGCUGCUUCAGGAUGUGCUGGCUCGCUCUGACAGAGCCAUGGCUGUCGUCAAAGACUUGUUUGGAGACGCUCCACGCAGGCAGACUGGGCACCCCAGUGUGACGAUGGCUCCAAACUGUGACUCUGACUCAGAACUGCCUGUGCUUCAAAGACCAGAUCCUCCCACUCAGCUGUCACUGCUCAGCCAGUCUCUGAUGGACCCACAGGCUCUUAAUGAACUUGAAGCUUCAGAGGAAGACUACAGUGAUGAAGAUAGCGGUCCUGCUGGCAGUUCAGACUAUCAUGUAAUCCAUAGGGCCAAUGUACGAAAAAUGAAGUCUCGGGGGAGGGUGAUACAGCAACGGAAAGUCCGUCGUCCUCACUCUGAGCAGGCAGACGGGGAUAAUGUUCCUGUAACGCCCUGCACAUCAGGCAGAGCACCAGCCCAGACAGCUCUCAAUGCCACAAUGGCUGUCCAGCGUGUUCAGUCCAGACAAAGCCGGUCAGAGGAAGGUCUGGAGGAACCGUCAGUCCUGGUUUCUCAGGUCCUGAAUCCUGAGACGCCUCUCAACCAGUCAGGCAGAACGAGUCAUCGAACCGGCAGGAACAGGAAGUGUGUUCCUCAGAGUUCAGCGCUGGACGGCUCCUCGGUGGCCUCUCUUAGCGGGGACCAGUCCAGUCUGGGCCUGUUGCAGACCAUGCUGGGUCAGGUGGAGGCUGACUUGGAUACUCUGAUUCCUGCCGCUGUACCAGCUUCAGCACAGAGUCAGAAGAAAACCCAAGGCCUCACUGGCUUCUCUGUGGCCUUGGUCUCCACUCUGGGGCGUUUAGUGCACCUCCUCAAACAGAGGGAAGAGGAAGCUCAGGAAGAGGCUGGAGAGAGGAGCAGACUGGAGGAGGUGUUGAGAGAGCAGCGCGGGCUGAUCGAUGCGCUCACUGCUGAGACGAUGACUCUGAGAGAAGAGGCCGCCGCCCUGCAGGCUGAGUCGCAGCAGCGGACUGCAGAGCUGGAGCAGAAGUUGGACUCAGUGGUGUUGUUGAUGGGGGGACUUGGACUGCUGGAGGCCCACAUUGACCCCCCUCAGGAGUCUGAUGCCAAAGCUGCAGUUUAUCAGUCUGCUCCAGUUGCUGAGCGAGAUCCUGAACAACUACAAGUCUCUCCAGGUGUCUUGCUCUCCCCUCCUCGACAGAGAGACAACUGGCAGCCAACUCCUGUGACUCACCCUGUACCGCCGCACCAGGAACUUCCUCCUGAAGAUGUCCUGCGUUCCUGUGAGGACGUCCGCUCCCGCAGCUCAGCCUCCAGCCUCCCUCUCACCAGCCUCCCCUCUUCUUCCUCGUUAUCGCUGACCUCUGACCCUCUCGGCUCACAGCUCUCCCCGGAGGUCAUGCUGGCAGAGAUCGCUCAGCUGAACAGACAGAACGAGCUGAUCAGGGCCCAGUUUAGCCAGGCUAGGCGCCUCGGGUCAGGGGUUGGAGAAUCAUCGAACGGCAGCAACGAGCAGAGAAGGAGCAGCACGGGGAGAGUCACGCCCCAAAGUGUUGGAGAGAGGAGGAUGUCAGCAUCCAGCAGCACGGGGAGAAGCAGUCGGCAUGUCCAGGCUGCGGAAGGAGAGCAGCUGACAAAUCAGGCAACAUCACUGAACACCCUCCAUGUGAGCAGUGUGGAACAGCGCCUCCUGGAGCUAAACAGACAAAGUGCAGCGGCGAGGGGUCGCCUGCUGGAGCUUAUCGAGCAACAGAAGCAAAGUGUUACAGCCAAAGCUUCUCCCUCUAAUUCCCCCAUCCCUCCCUCGGCCUUCAGCCCACAUUCAGCAGGAGGAGGAAGUCCUGAGUGGUCGAUGCUGCUGCCUGAACAGGAGCUCCCGUCACAGACUGGUGGUGUUGAGAGACGAUCUGCUGGUUCUGAAGUGUCUUCUCACAGUCUUGGCGGAGAAUUGAGGGAUGGAAAAACACAGAUGGAGAAACAGAGAGAGGGAUGGUUUGCCUUGUCUGCUCAUGUGAGAUGACAAGAGGAGUAAUUAUUCAACCCAAGCUGCUAGUAUUUUAUCUACACAUACAUUUUAAAUGACUCAAUAAACGUGUUUUAAAAUGAA